AUGGAGGCAUGGCUGGUCCGUACUCAGCAAGUUCGAGGCCCCAGUGAGACUCCGGCGCAAUGCCCAAGCUACGCCCGUUGGAUCGGCAUAUCCACGAUUCGCAACUCGCUCCAACUCUCCGCACUCCGCCGCCUUAGUGCCAGCCCUUAUCAGUCUGAUGACGAAAUCAACUCUGCCGGCUUCGCGAAUCAUUAUUGUUAUAUCACUUCCGCCCACGACUAUACCAGUCGGCCAUCUACAAUCGUCAUUGCCUCGUUCAUAUAUCGUUCAGUUCCAACCCGUCAUCGCUCUCCUCGCUUGGAUAGCCCAUUUGCACGCUAUCUUGUUGGCAUGGAAAAGAUCAGGAUUCCUUCCCCGUCUGCCAUUCUUAACCCUCUUGCUGCUUUAUCUUCCGGAGGUUCCACAGGUUCCGACUCCACUCAAAACGCAGCGCCUGUCCAGAGCCGUGUGACAACGACAACUAACAAGCCCAAGCAGUCAAAGAGUCGUAAUGGUUGCGUCACCUGUAAAGCAAAACGACUGAAGUGCGACGAGUCAAAGCCAACAUGCCUCCAGUGCAAGAAGCGUAACGUGGAUUGUGGAGGAUACAAAAAGGAUUUCAAAUGGCGUUCAUUUGGAGAAAGCGACUUCCCUGGGAGGGGCUCCGUUCUAAAGGAGAAGAAAGGAGGUUCGUCGCCACCUACUCGCAGUACUGUCAUACGCAACCGGGAGCUGGUUGAAAAUCAGUUCUCUGGGAAGGGAACAGUUGGCGGCUCGCAACCUCAGCGAAGCUCGCCCCGAGACAUUUCCUCCGGCCGUUCUAGUCACUCGCCAGGCAAGACGGACCUGGGGCUCUCACUUGAUCACAUCCUUGGCUACUCGGUUUCUGGAAGCUUCAGUGAUGACUUUUUUGCGUCGCCGUCUUCAGAAAUCACACCAGAGGAGCAAUCCUCCUGGUUUCCAACUAUACCACUUACUCCUAGCACAGACCAGGAGAAUACCCCUAGCCAUACCUUGCUGGAAGCGUCUCCGGAAACAGACGAAUUUAGUUUUGAAGCUCUGCUAGAAGGCGACGGUGAAGAGAUUGAGGAGAUUGUGCGGCAGCCAGAUCGUCGUACUAGAGUGAGGAAUCUUGGCCUCCCAGGGUCAUACGUCCCCCAACAAACUGAGCCGACCAUCAUGCCCUCGGGGCCUCUUGCAGGACCUGCCCUAAGUAUUGCAAGCCCAGAACUGCUUGUUUUGCACUUUGAUAGGUUUACCUGUGGAAUUCUGUCCAUAAAGGAUGGCGCUCGCGAGAACCCAUGGCGCACUUUAGUUUGGCCAUUGGCUAAGGACACCCCAGCCCUUUACCAUGCAGUGUUCGCGCUGGCCGCAUUCCACGGAAGCAAAGAUAAUCCUUCAUUGAGGGUCUUUGGAGUUGACCAUAUGAGAAUGAGCAUUACGUGCAUGGUUCAAAAUAUUCAGAGUAUGAGGGCUGAUGCUGCGUUGGCAACGAGCUUAGCUCUUGCUUUUGCUGAUACUUGGGACCAACACACUCGGUCUUGUAUACAGCAUCUUCGAGGCGCGAAGGCGCUGGUGGCGCAAGUCGUUGGACUGGCGAGGCAGGGCGGGAUUCAGGAGACUGAUUUUAGAAGGGUGCGGUUCCUGUAUAACACCUGGCUCUACAUGGAUGUUCUCGCUCGCCUGACUUCUCGCGAGGAACUUGGGAAACUAGAGACGGAGGUUCCUGCUUUUCCAUGUCCAGAGAGAACAGUUCAUGAAAUUGAUCCUUUGAUGGGAAGUGCUGCCACACUGUUUCCGCUCAUCGACCAAGCUGCCCGUUUGAUCCAACGUGUCCGCAGAACGGAGUCGAACUCUAUAUCUCUCAUUUCCCAGGCCAUUGAGCUCAAGCAAGCGGUCGAACAAUGGGAGCCGCCAGAAUGGUUUGAGCCCCCAGAAGAUCCCACGUCAGAAGUGCAGCAUAGUAUUCAAACAGCUCAUGCUUAUCGCUGGGCUACUCUGUUGUACCUUCAACAAGCUGUCCCCGAAAUGCCUUCGGAACCACCACAGGACCUUGCCAAACGCAUUCUGGUUCUUUUGGCCACUGUGCCACCUAGCUCACGUACAACAAUCAUCCAGAUGUUUCCCCUCUUGGUUGCCGGUUGUGAGGCGGAGCAGGAAGAGGACAGAGAUUGGGUGCUCAAACGUUGGAGCGCGAUUCAAACCCGGCUGAUGUUGGGCUCUAUUGACCGAUGCAUUGAGGUCGUUCGUGAGGUCUGGGCUCGCCGGGAUGCAAGUGCGGCUCAAAAAAAGCAACAACAGCAGCAGCAGCAGCAGCAGCUUCGUGGGUCUGGUUUUUCUCGCAACAGUGUUGGGAAAGCGUCGGACCAGGACAAUGUGUUCUACACCGGCCGCGGCCCCGUGGUUUCCUCGCGAAGAAGCUCUGCAGUCUCACCCCUAGAGAAUAUUGAGUUUGAAAGGACGGUUCGUGGAAAGUGCCACUGGGCGCAUGUGAUGCAAGAAUGGGGUUGGGAAGAUGAGCUUUUCACGCCAUUAGCCGCCUGGUUAUCUGGAGAGCUAGACUCCCCCAGCUUCUGGCAUGCCCCUUCUCGCGGCGUCUGA